AUGCCGUAUCAAACGAUGGUAAAUAGUUUUUACACAAAAUUAAUAGGUGGAAGUUGUUCAACGGCCUAUUUUGGAAGUCGAGGUCAAUGUUGUGCCAAAUAUACCUCGUCACCAUUUUGCUGUGCUUAUGAUGCUACGUGUGGCACUUACGGUUUAUGUUAUACGUAUAAAUAUUCGUAUCGUUUAACAACAUGGGCUUAUAUUGGAAUUGUAUGCGGUAGUUUAGUGUUUGUUGCGAUUAUUAUUGCUAUUAUUGCAGUCUGCAAACGUCAGCAAAACAGAAGUCGUUUACAACAGUUACCUGCUUAUUAUGUUGCGUCACCUCCACCUUAUCCACACUAA